GUAUUAACAUCUGGAAAGGUUGUUGAAGAUGAGUUAUACAAAUUUGGCAUAAAAUGCAAUUAUGAACAUCUCUAUUAUUUUUUUAUAAUUGAUUCAGAAGACAGAACUUUUGUUGAAGAAAAUAUUUUCUCCCCAACUGAACUUAAAGAAAUU